AUUACCGAAAGAGGAGUGCCGCUGGGUAGGAGCGAGUCCCGGGCCCUAGCGUUCCGGAGUAGGCUUAGUGCUGUGAGCAAGAUGCCCGUGCAACACGGCGUUACGAUUUUUCCUGAGGAUGAUACUCGAGAAAUGCAUCUUCACCAGCGUUUCCUCCCAACUCCACCUCUAACUCCGACCAGUCCUCGGAGCAGCCUGAGCAGUGGAUCCCCGUCACCGCCACUACCGAGGGAAGAUACGGCCACCAACCUCCACUUGCCGUCGGCCCACCAUCCCUUCAUCCCUCUGCCACUUCACCUGCGGUCGGCCUUCACGGCCUACCUGCCUGGCCAGCAACGGCCAAGGAGUCCUUCAUGGAAGCCCUCGGCCAGGAGGAAGAAGCGAUUCGAUUUCGCCCGACUCGCCGAAUCUGCCACUAAAACCGACGACGAAGACGAAGACGAAAUGGAAAGCACUGCUCGAAUUCCAGAAAAUCUCACCCAUAAGCCACUAGAACUUAAUACGAAAAACAGAGAUGUUCACCGUCCUACCGAAAUCACCUCUAAUCAACCUCUUGCAGGACUGAAUCUAAAGAGCCGGCAUGCUUCAGAAAGUGUUAUUCAGAAACCCUUAAAACUGAAUCUACAAAGCAAUAUCCAUCGAUCAGAACAUGUGGAACUUAAUUUAAGCUGUAGGCAAUCUCCUGAAAAGUUCAUCGAGAAGCAAAGAGACUUUAAGUCGAGCAACAGCGAUUACAGUCCCGAAUCACCAGAAAGCAUAACCCAUAAUCAAACAGAUUUGCAUCUGAGAGGCGAAAGUAGUCCCAGAAGAUCAACUUCUCCGGAUAUGAUUGUAGGAAAGUAUGGUCUGCCAAUGAACAAUAAAGACAUAGUGGCAAAAAUGACUCCUGUUGAAAACUUACCACCCUCAGCACCUGAACGCGUCAUGCAUUUGGCAACUGUAUCUCCAGAGCAAGUUAUUCAUCACCAUUUAGGACUCCUUCAUCAUCAGUAUCACCACCAAAGACAUCAUCCAGUGUUUCUGCAAAACCAUACGCUCUACAACCCCGUAUUAGACAUCUCUAAGCCAGUCGUUAACUCUAGCAGACACACUUCUAUGCUUUUAGAACGCAGGUUUUUCAGAGCAAGAGUCUCUACGAGGCCGAAAAAAGAGUUCAUUUGCAAAUUUUGCCAAAGAAGAUUCACCAAAUCCUAUAAUCUACUAAUUCAUGAAAGGACACACACGGACGAAAGGCCUUACACUUGUGACAUUUGCCAGAAAGCUUUCAGAAGACAGGAUCACCUAAGAGAUCACCGGUAUAUCCACUCAAAGGAGAAACCUUUCAAAUGUUCGGAAUGUGGCAAGGGCUUCUGUCAGUCUCGGACACUGGCGGUCCACCGGAUCUUGCACAUGGAGGAUUCCCCCCACAAAUGCCCCACCUGUGGACGCACCUUCAACCAAAGGUCCAACCUAAAAACACAUCUUCUAACACACACUGACAUCAAACCUUACAAUUGCGAUUCCUGUGGCAAAGUCUUCAGGAGGAACUGUGAUCUUAGGAGACAUAGCCUGACCCAUAGUCUUAUGGGUGAAGGAAUUCUAUCAUCUGCAAAUGAUUCUUCUGGAGGUGAGACGAAUUAUGGAAGUGUACCAUUGAAUCUUGCCCAUGUACCACAAGCAGAUAGACUCUCGGUGUGAAUUCAUUCUUAUUGCACCAAGUAUACACUUGUCAGAGUAAAGACUCCAGUUUGCAAAUAUAUGUACAUAAACACUCCAUUUUGCCAUGGAAAGAAGAUAGCAUCUGAGAUGUUCAGUUAUGCAGUUAGGAGCUAUAGGUUGCAUUGACUGUAUUUUGUUUCUAAACGAAUUCAACAUCUGAGAUGUUAAAUUAUUUGGACAAAGGAUUGAAUUUGUUUAAAAAAAUGGUGAGAGAAAAGAAACCUCAUUCAGUUGUCAAGUGAAAUGAAAUCUGCGAUAUUCGGUUUUCUAAGUAAGUGGACAGACUUAGAUUGUUUAUAAGAGAACUUGAAACCUUUAACAGAUGUAGCGAAUACCAUUAGCUCUGUAAAUGAAUGAUAAAAUAGUGAUUUUAAACCAAAUAUCUACAGAAAUAAAUAAAUUUCUUAAUUAAACUAUAAUAAAUGCGGUUCCUCAAUGCAAGUUUAAAUAAGAAACUUCUUCAAGCUUAGUUACAUUUUAAUGUAUAAAUGUUUACUGAUGAAAUUUAAUAAAAUUUUAGUAGAGAAAUUUCUCGCCUUGAUCAUUUGAAAUAAUCAAGUGUUGGUAAUCAAAAAAAAAAAAGUAACCUUAUAAUUUCAGCUUUUGAAAUAACUUUAUGAAUUUAUUUUAACUACAUCGUAAUUAAGAGAAAUAACAUAUAUGAGUGCCGAAAAUUUAAAAUAAUUGUGUUUUUCCCAUUAUGAUCUUUAACAAGGCAUUUAACCUAAAUAUUUUUCGAACUAAAUUUCAUCAGAAUUUUAAAAGAAAUUACAAUUAAUAUUUAUAUUUAGUUUAAAAAGCGUGAAAUAUUUGCAGUUUUUGCAUUAGAUGUUAUGCAUUCUAUUGCAUGAAACUCGGACCAAAGCUUUUCGAUAGUAAGCUCUGAUUAAGAAAAAAUCUUAAGAGGUCUUUUUCAAUCAGUUUACUAACAAUCCAAAUUUAAAUCGAAUUAUUUGUGGGAUCAGUUACUGUUUUCAACAAGAAAGUUUGUUUUAACUUGAAUUCAAUGGAACAUUCAGAUCUAAAUUUAUAUUUUAGAUUACGAAAAUUUUACGUAAAUGUGUAUCAGUAAACAAAAUGUUUUUUCUUGUUUUCCUUCUCCAAUGUUUCCCUCCGAAGCUUUCAGCCAAAGAAUCGCUCCUUAUUCUUUGUUUCAGCUUAGAUGAUUAGAAAAAAUUGCAAUGCAAUCCUCAAAGUAGAAGUAGAAUGUCCUGCCGGAAGAAAUAUUUGAAACUUUUUCUAGUGAAGAUGCUACUUAUUGCUACCUCUUUUGUAAAUUUGUCGAAGAAAAAAAUUCUAUGUUGUGUUCUUUGUAAUUAUUUUGCUCAAUGUUCUAGUAUGUAUUGAUUUUUGUACAGUAUGUGUUUUAUAAAAAAAUUAUAGUCUA